AUGGCAUCAUUUUUUUUCGUCUUUAUGAUUCUAAUGUUCGGCGUCAAAUCAUCGCAUGACGUUCGUUCGAAAAUUCAGAAUGGAUUCUGGUUCUUUAAGUACGUCAUUCUCAUCGCACUGGCCGUCGCGUUCUUCUAUAUUCGAUCCGAAAAUCUCGCUGAACCAUUGAUGUGGUUUGGGUUAAUU